AUGAUUGAUUAUUGCAAAUCGGAUGUGGCUCUCUUAAAAGCCGGCUGUGAAGCCUUUCAGCAAGAAUUUGAACAACAGGCUGGCUUCAACCCUAUGGCCAAGUGUAUCACCAUCGCCAGUGCCUGCAAUCUGUAUUGGCGCAAGCAUCAUUUGACCCCCGACACCAUUGCGGUGGAACCUCUCGGAGGGUGGCGAGGGGCCCAAGUCAAUCAAUCCCUCAAAGCCCUCCAAUGGCUCUAUUACCAAGAACACCUCCUUCCCAAAGAGGGGGCCAGUGCUGAUCGCAUUCGUCACGUUCGUAACGGGGGCGAACAGUCGGUCCGAACCAGCGUCGACAGUCAUUUCGUCGAUGGCUACGAUCCUGUGACUCGUACCGUCUACGAGUUUCACGGAUGUCUCUACCAUGGCUGUCCCCGCUGUUAUCCCGCGAGAAACGCCAAACAUUAUGCCACGCCGGAUCGAACUGUGGAGGAACUCUAUCAAGCCACGCUCUCCAAACGCAUGGCAUUGCUCCGAGCGGGUUAUACAGUCAUUGAAAUGUGGGAAUGUGAAUGGGACCAACUAGUGGACACCGAUGAAGCUGUUCAACGUUUUCUGACUUCCUUCGAUCUGGUGGCACCCUUGGAACCCCGUCAAGCCUUCUUUGGAGGUCGAACCGGUGCCGUGGCUCUGCAUGCUGUGGCUGGAGAGGGUGAGGAAAUACGCUAUGUGGAUGUGACCUCCCUGUACCCGUGGGUGAAUAAGAACUGUCCCUAUCCCAUCGGGCAUCCGCGGAUCAUCACGCAGCCCGCUGACCAGUCCCUGGAAUCCUAUUUUGGUCUAGCCACCGUCGAUAUUCUUCCUCCCGCUGGUUUGUUCCACCCUGUUCUGCCCGUGCGUAGCGGCAACAAGCUCACCUUUCCUCUCUGCCGCGCCUGUGUUCAGUCAGAGCAGGCCCAACCCAUGUUGACCCGAACCCGUUAUUGCCCUCAUUCCGAUGCGGAUCGCACGCUACGCGGCACCUGGUGCACGCCCGAAUUGGUCAAAGCCGUCGAAAAGGGGUACACACUGAUCAAGAUCCACGAAGUCUGGCAUUUUCCCCCUGAGCAACGCCAAACGGGUCUUUUUGCCAAUUAUGUGAACACGUGGCUCAAGUUGAAACAAGAAUCGGCAGGGUGGCCCGGCUGGUGUCAGACCCUCGAGCAGAAACGCAACUACAUUCUUCGUUACCAGGAACGGGAGGGUAUCCGACUGGACAUUGCCAGCAUUGCCAAAAAUCCCGGUCGCAAAGCCACGGCCAAGCUCAUGCUGAACAGCUUCUGGGGCAAAUUCGGGGAGCGGAUCAACAAACCCACCACCGUCACUGUCAAAGACCCCGCCCAUUUGUUCGGUCUCAUCUCUAAUGCUGCCCUCGAUCUCAGCACGCUCCGCCUUUGCACGGACGAUAUCUUGGAAGCCGUCUACACCAGCGUCCACGACAAUGCUGUCAAAGGCACCAAGACCAAUAUCUUUGUAGCCGCUUUCACCACCUGUCAUGCUCGAUUGAAGCUGUACGAGUCCCUGGACACCCUUCAACAGCAAAUCCUCUAUUAUGAUACCGAUAGUGUGGUGUACAAGUGGCGUCCCGGUCAACCCAGCAUGGCCACCGGGGAUUUUUUGGGGGACAUGACCGACGAAUUAGACGGAGACGUCAUCACCGAGUUUGUUUCGGGGGGCGCCAAGAAUUAUGAGUACCAGACCCGUGGAGGCAAAGUGGUGUGCAAGGUACGCGGUUUCACCUUAAACGUCCGUGGAUCCGCCAUUCUCAAUUUUCAGACCAUGAAAGAGAACAUUGUUUCCGAACUAGAAUCGCCCCAGGACUCUCGCCGAAAUUUAGACAUUAUCAUCCCCUAUUAUUUCAAACGAGAUUUAGAGGAAAAACAAAUUCAAGUGGUUCCGCGCGUAAAGCAGUAUGGGUUGGUGUUCGACAAGCGCAUCAUUGAUGUCGCCACCCGAUCCAGUUAUCCCUAUGGCUACGAGAGAAUUGGACAUGAACUCGACUUUCUAUUAGAUUUGUAA